AUGAUAAAUCAGAAUAUGGAUAUUUUAAAUGUAAAGCCAAUCGAGUUAGAUUUACAAAGUUUAUCAAUUGCAACAGCUCAGAAUUCCGGACAAUGGGAUGAAUUUGAUCAAUAUAAAUUUGUUGAUGAAUCAGAUUAUGAAGAGCAACCAUCAUUUCAAAAGAAUUUAUCACAUGAUCUUACAUUUAUACUCCCAACAUUAGAUCAAUUAGAAGAUGUUACAAAUAAUAGUAAUGGCAAUGAAUUAAAAGGUAGAAUAUAUGCACACAAAAAUAUAGUAGCUAGAAAAUCAGAAUAUUUUAAUUUACUCUUAACCAAUGGUAUGAAAGAGUCCACACAACAAGAAAUCACAAUUCCAAAUAUAUCAGUUGAUAUCUUUUUUGAAAUUUUAAUGUUUUUAUAUACCUCAGAUUUAUCCGUUAAUCAAGAUAAUUUAACCAGUAUGUUUUUAGUCUGCGAUCAGUUCCUUUUAGAAGAUGGUAAACAAAUUUGUAGAGCUUUUAUUAAAUCAUUAGAUAACCCAACUUUAGAAAAAUUUUUAUUAGAGGAUAAUGGAUUAUGCACAGAGUUAGCUGAGUUAUAUAUUGAACAGGUUUGUUUCAAUUCUUCAUUCUUUUUGCAAAUUGAAAGAGUUUCAAAACUUGGCAAAGAAGUAUUAUUAAAGAUUUUAGAAAGGGAUGAUAUUCCAUUAAAAGAAAUUGAAAUAUUUAAAUCUACAAUCGAGUGGAUUAAAGUAAAUACAUCAAUAAUUAUAGAAGAACAAGACAAUAAUAAUAAUAAUAAUAAUAAUAAUAAUAGUAAUAAUAAUAAUAAUAAUAAUAAUAAUAAUAAUAAUAAUAGUAACACUACAACAAAUAAUAAUGAUAAUAAUUUUAUAAUUGAAAAACAAGAUAAAAAUUUAAUUUCAAAAUUAUUUCAUUUAAUAAGAUUCCCAUCCAUCGAAUAUAAUGACAUGAUAGAAAUAGUGGAGACAUAUUCAUCCAUUAUCCCAAGUCCACUUUUAUUAGAAGCUUAUAAACACCUUUCAAAACCAAAAUUAAUGCCUUUAAGUGAAAAAGAUUUAUUAAAUCCAAGAUUAUGUCCAAGAAAAAAAUCAAAUGUUUCAACUGCUCCAGGUGUAGAAGUAAUUUCAUUCCAGUGCUCUGAUCAUAAAAAUUGUUGUUCAGUUUCAUGGCCAAUUCACAAUUUUAGCAAUAUAAAAAGUCAAAAGCAUGUAAGCAAUUGUUUUGAAAUGUUUGGUUUAAAUUGGAAAAUGUGGGCUUAUCCGGCCGGUGAAGCAAAACAUAGUGAUAGUUUUUCCGUAUAUUUAGAGGCCGUUAGAGUAAAGGAAAAAGAAUCUUACGAUUUCCUUAGAAAUACUACUUUCUUUUUUGGUCUUGUAAAUCAAAGAAAUAAAACCCUCUGUCGUCAUUACCCUUCAUCUCCAAAUGUAUUAUUCAACUAUGAAAAAAGUGUAUGGGGUAAUGGUUUAAUAGAACUUAAAUUAUUAUAUGACAAAUCUUUAGGCUAUAUGGAUAACGAUACUGUUACAAUUCAAUUACAUAUUUUAGAAUGUAUAGCAUUAGAUGGUUAA